GCCGCCCCCGCGCCUUCCCGGCACGGCGGCACUCAAUUCCUUCCUUCCCAAACUCCCCUGCUCCUCCUCGAACCCCGCGCCUGUGCGCCCUCAGUGACUACCGCCUCCCAGAGACAGAGACAAGCCAGGCCAGGAGAGAGAGGACAAGGCUGCCGCCAUGGGAGAGGAGAAGAAGGCGAGCAAGGACGGCGGCGGCGGCGGGGACAAGAAGAAGGACGCCGGGGCUGGACCAGCGGCGGCGGGGCCGCAGCCCAUCGUGCUCAAGGUCGACUUGCAUUGCGCUGGCUGCGCCAGCAAGGUCCGCAAGGCCAUCAAGCGCGCCCCAGGCGUGGAGUCGGUGGUGCCGGACGUGGCGGCGGGCAAGGUGAUCGUGACCGGCGCGGCGGACGCGGUGGAGCUCAAGGAGCGCAUCGAGGCCAGGGCCAAGAAGCCCGUGCAGAUCGUCUCCGCUGGCGCCGGCCCGCCCAAGAAGGAGAAGGAGAAGGAGAAGAAGGCGGACGGCGGCGGCGAGAAGAAGGUGGAGAAAGAGAAGGGCGGCGGCGGCGGAGAGAAGAAGGGCGAGAAAGCGAAAGGUGGCGGUGACAAGAAGGCCGAGAAAGGCGGCGGCGACAAGCCCAAGGAGGAGAAGAAGCCUAAGGAAUCCAAAGAGGAGACGGUGACGCUCAAGAUCCGACUGCACUGCGACGGCUGCAUCGACCGGAUCAAGCGCCGCAUCUACAAGAUCAAAGGGGUGAAGGAUGUGGCGGUGGACAACGCUAAGGAUCUGGUGAAGGUGACCGGCACCAUGGACGCCGCAGCGCUGCCGGCCUACCUCAGGGACAAGCUCAGCCGGCCCGUGGAGGUUGUCGCGCCCAGCAAGAAAGACGGCGGCGGCGACAAGAAGGCCGACGACAAGAAGGACAAGGGCGCCGGCGACGGCGGCGACAAGAAGAAGGACGGCGGUGGCGGCGAGGAGAAGAAAGACAAGGACAAGUCCGCGGCCGCCUCCGCGUCGGUGGCACCGAUGCCCCUGGCCAACGCGGGCAUGUACCAGAUGCCGCCGCAGUACGGCUACACGCCGUACCCCCCGGCCCCCGGCGCCUACUACGGCGGCGGUGCCCCGCCGCCCAUCCCCACCUUCUACCCCAACGCUGGCUUCGGCCAGUACCCGCCGCCGUCCUACCCGUACUCCGCCCACGUCCACGCGCCCCAGAUGUUCAGCGACGAGAACCCCAACGCCUGCUCCGUCAUGUGAGACCGCCGCCGGCGCCGCACGCAACGCUCCCUACACUCGCUGUAUCAAACCAGAAACUACGGCUUGGGUCUAGUGGUUUAGUUAGUUAAUCAGUUAAGCAUUAGUAGCUAGUUUAAAUCAGUGCUCCGAGAUUAGCAGAAGACCUGUAAAUGACAGCAGUGCAGCGAGGCCACGAUGAAAUGCAGUGUCAUGUAAUCUAUCGGCCCGAAGAAAUUUUGCCCCUGUUCUAGCACUAA